AUGGCGAAUGAGGGGACAGUUACUUUCGGACCAUAUGGUAAUUCAGAACCUAAUAAUCAUUGGGACGACGGAUCUUACAACACAAUAAGGGAAAUAAAUAUAUAUGUCGCCUCGGCUGGAUCGGAAAUUGAAUCUAUCCAAAUUGUUUAUGAUAAUAUUGAAGGAAAGGCAGUGUCGGGAACAAAGCAUGGUGGUGGUGGCGGAACACAUUACCCGGUGAAAUUAGACUACCCUACCGAAUAUCUCGUUUCAAUAUCAGGGUACCUUGGUGGGUAUUAUAAUAAUAAUUUUCUUGUUGUAAGAUCUCUUACAUUACACACCAAUACAAGGCAACAUGGGCCAUAUGGUAGGGAAGAAGGGACGCGUUUUAUAACUCCGCUAAUUGGUGGCAAGAUUUUUGGUGGGAAAAUUGUUGGAUUCUUUGGAAGGGCGGGUGUUCGUUUGGAUUCGAUUGGAGUAUACAUCAAGCCAUUCCCUACUAUAAUACCUAGUGUUGGUCCAUUUGGAGCGACAUUACGUGAUGGCGGACAACAGUGGGAUGACGAAAUCUACAGCACGGUAAGAGAAAUAACUAUAUACUCCGGAUGGGUAAUUGAUUCUAUACAAGUUGUCUAUGAUCUUGAAGGAAGGCUAGUGUCAGGCAAAAAGCAUGGUGGUGACGGUGGACAAGCAAACCCGGUGGUCAAAUUAGACUACCCGGAUGAAUUUCUGGUUUCAAUUUGGGGGUACUGUGGACAAGUAGCUAACAUGGUUUGUAUCCGAUCUCUUGGAUUUCAAAGCAACAAAAGAAUGUUUGGACCGUUCGGCGUGGAAGAAGGAGAGAAAUUUGAAAUCCCAUCCACUGGUGGCAAGAUUAUCGGAUUCCACGGAAGUUCUCACGACUAUCUUACUUCAAUUGGAGUAUAUCUCGACAAGUGA